AGAUCCCCGGUUUUCAGCCCUCGUGGGGGUCUCUCUCGCUCUCCCCCUAUAGAAACAGCUUCAGACGAUGUUGGAUUUUAAUCGUUAAUUUGCAGCCUGCGGUGGAUGUAGCGUCGUGCCGAAGGCUGGUGGAGAAGGGGAGCGUCCCUGCCCGGCGUUCGAUUCUGGCUCCCGUUCGCCCGCAGCCUCCAGCACGACCGGCGCUCCCGGUACCCCCCCCAUCCCCGGAGCUGCCGGCUGGUCGGUGGGUACCGCUAGGGGGGGCCGCUGAGCCCGCGGAAGCGCGGCCCAGCUCUAUGGUGGCGGCGGCCCCGGCCAUGGGAGCGGAGCGGGAGGCGCGGGCCUGCGCCGCCUUCUACGGGGCAACGGGCAUCGCCCAGCCCGUGCUCUCCUGCCUGCGCUGCCUGCAGCAGUUUGCGGGGAGCACUGCCAAGAGAUGCAAAGACAAGCACCUGGAGGAGGCUCUGCUGCUGUCGCGGACGCUGAGCGAUGCUCUGCAGGCACUGGGUGAGGCGGAGGCACGGCCCCUUCUCCGCUGUGUCCUGGCUUUCCAGAUGGAGGCAACUGGCAGCUCCAGCUCCUUCCAGAAACUAGAACAGAUCGUGACCCAGCUGGCGGUGGGGAAGGAAGCCCUCCUGGCCCAGGAGGUGGGCGCACUGCUGGCCGGCCUGCCACCGCAGGGAGAGGUGCUGUCUCCUGGGGACCUCCAGUCAGUGUGCAUGUUCGUGGAGGAGAGCAGCCUGGGCCGGCAGCACUGGCGGCAGAACCUGGCCCCGCUGAUGCAGCGCCUGGCCACCACCUUGCACUGGGUGCUGCACAGCCAGCCCACGCCUGGCGGCACGUGGGGAUACCUGGCUGUCAGGGCGUGCCUCCAGCUCUUCCAGGCACUGCCGAAGGACGUGGCCCCCCUAGUGUGGAGCACGGAGGGGAAGAGCGAAGCCCUGCAGAACCUCCUGGGCCUGCUGCUGGAGGUGGCCUGGGGAAAGGCCCUGAACAAGGACACGCGGCUGCUGGCGGGCACAGCCCUGAGCAUGCUGGUGAACACAGCCCCGCAGCCUGAGCGCGGGGCCAGCGCCGUGCUGGCCCUCUUCCAGCUGCCCAACCGAGGUGCAGGGGAACUGAAGUUUGGGGAGCUGGUGGUGGAGGCCCCCCCCACCCUGGAGACAGAUGGGCUGGAGAAACUGGUGCUCACCAGAGGUUUGCUGACAUGCUGCAAGACAGACAUCCUCAGCUGCCAGCUGGAGAGCUUCACCCACAAGGCCUGCCUGCUGCUGGACAUGGUCUUUCCUGCUGUGUGUGCCCUGACCAAGGAGCAUAAGGACUGCCACUACUACUGCUUCCAAGCCUGUGCCCUGUGGCUGCAGCGCCUGCGGGACAGCCUGCCCGCCGUCUGGCGCCUGACGGGGACCCGCGUCCUGGACCAGGACACCGAGCUGCUCCGGCAACUCACCCAGCUCAUGUGGGACAAUGCUGAGAUGCCGGUGGAAGGGGUGUCCGAGUUCAUCCACAGCUCCUUCCGACUGCUCCUGGAGAUCUACCACCUCGAGUGCCAGCACUUCCAGGACCAUGAGAGACCCCUCUAUCAACAGAUGCUACAGAGGGUGGUCUCAAUGCCAUGGCAAAUCAAAGCCAGAUAUGUGCCCCUGUGUGCCAUUGUCCCCUACGUGGGCAGCCAGCAGGUGCUGGACGCCUACCCGGACCUACCGCAGCACCUCCUGAGUUGCCUCUCCACCAAUCACCUGUGUCCCGCAGCCACCGAGGUCUAUAGGGCGCUGGUGCGGCAGCAGUGUGCCGAGGGGCAGGACGGGCAGCAGGGAGCUGGGACGGCUCUGGCAGAGCGGUGGGCGCUGCGCUGGCUGCCCCUGCUCUCCCAGGGACUCCGCUCCCCCCUGCCCAUCCUGCAGAGCAAUGUCACCAACCACCUCCUCGCCUGGACCCUGCGGCAGCUGCCAGCUGCCCAGGCACCACUGGCCGCCCAGUUUGGUGGCCAGGACACGGCCUCACUCCGGGCUUGGAUCUCACUGCUGAAGGCACAGCAGAGCGUGUCGGGGGCUCUGCCGCUACAGGACGGGGUGCUGGAGCGGCUCUGCUGCUGCCUGGGUGCCUGCGAGGAGGGGAUUCGGCUGGCGGCACUGGGGCUCCUCUGCUGCAGCCCCAGCACCAACCGGCCCCUCUCGGCCACCGAGCUGCGGCUGCUGCGGGAGUUCCUGCCCCUCAACCUCAACUGCGACUCCUCCUCGUUCCGGCAGCUGCUGCAGGCAGCGGUGAGGAAGGCGCUGGUGCGGCUGCGGGACAGCUCGCUGGCACAGCUACGCGGGAAGGUGCCCCAGGGUGCCCAGCCGAGCCGGGGAGAAGGGCAGCUCGCCCAGGCAGUAGGCUUUGUGGAGUGGCUGCUGCAGCUCAGCAUCGCCUCGCUCAGCCCAGCCUCCAACUACCAGAGGAAGAAAACAGCUCUGCUCCUCCUAGCUGCGGUUUUGGAGACCUGUACAGACACCUGGAGCCCCGCAAGGAAGAAGGGGCAGCCCCCGCGGACCAUGGCCAUGCUGCUGAGCUACGCCAGGCAGAGCGGCUGUUGGGACUUCUUCUCCCGGCCCAAUUUGCUGGCGCUGCUGAGCUGCUUGCAGGACAGCACUAAUGAGAUCAGAGACUUGGCCUCAGAGCUGCUCGUCCACUUCUUCCCCCCCACAUUCCCCGAGCCCAUCACCCAGGCUCUGUUCCAGCUGGCCCAGGAUGCCCUGGGCAGCCCACGGGUGCAGGAGGCUGAAGCCGGAGCUGUGCUGAUGAAGACCAUCCUGCAGAAGUCAGACAGUGGCACCAUGAAGAGCCUGGCGCUGGAGGCUGAAGCAUCCCUGACACUGCCCAACCGCGGCCUGUGCUUCGCUCAGCACCUUCUCCACGUGCUGCAAGCCCAGUACACUGUGGCGUGCCAGGACCUGCUGCGGGCAGCAGCCACUGCGCCCAUGCACGGAGCCAUCGCAGCCCUGCGGAGAUGUCUGCUCCAGGUGCCGGAGGUGGCCGCCUCAAUGCGGGCAGCAGAGUUGGCGCAGAGCUGGCAGGAGUUCCUCACCCACCUUGUGACCACGGCGAGAGACAUCACCUCCCUCCUCCUGGGAGCUCUGCAGAGCCAGCAAGGCCCCGGUUCCAAUGAACAAGCUGCUGCCCCAUCAUUUGCAGACAUGGGGAACGCCAUCGGCUCCCUCAUCGCGCUGGGGAAAGGCCAGGGACAGGAGGAAGAGGAUGAGGACGACUCAGUCCUGCUGUCAGAAGAGCACAGCCUGAUCCUGACCUGCUGCUGGGUGUCAGUGAAGGAGAUAGGGCUGCUCCUGGGGGGCCUGGCUGAGCUUCUGCUGGACCCAGCGCUGCCCGGCGGAUCAGAGCCGCUCCUGCCGCUCCCCACCUUGCAGGUGGCCACAAGGGUGUUCCAGGAGAUCCUGCUGCGGUGCCGGCACUGGGGAGCAGUGGAGGGCUGCAGCAUGGGCUUCACCAAGUUUUGUGCUGCUCUGCUGAACCACCCGGACAAAGAGCUGCAGGCCAUCCCACAGACCAUGCUGAAACAGGGCUUAGAAGUGCUGAGCGGACCCCGGAGCAGCUCGAUCACACGCCGUGCUGCCGGCUUCCCCAUGCUCUUCCUCUGCAUCGUCAGUGGGGAGGACCCGGCCCAGGCACGGCCGCUGCUGGCCCUCUGCAUCCAGACGCUGCUGGCCUUGGCCGCCACGGCCCUGCCGCAAGACUGGGACCAGACCCUCGACCUCCCGCAGGUGUGUGCCCUCCACGUGCUGCAGACGCUGGUCCGUGGCACAGGGCUGGGCAGCGCGCUGCUGCGGCACGCCACGCCGAUGGUGGCCCUGGCGCUGCAGGGCUUGGCCUCGCCAUGCUGGGCCAUGAGGAAUGCGGCCAUCCAGCUCUUCAGCGCCCUCACGUCCCGGCUGCUGGGCCAGCAGCGGAGCCGUGGGGAGGGCAGCCCGGCGGAGGGGGUGAGCCUGCAAGCCUUCCUGGGGCAGCACCCCGAGCUGGGCUCUGUGCUGCUGAGUGAGCUGAGAGCAGCCACGGAGCCCACGCCAAGGGGGCCCUGCCUGCGCCCCGCACUCCAUGCCAUCCUCACACUCCUGGCCCAGCUGCAGCCUGGCCCUGAUGGCCCUGACAGGCCCUCUGCUCCCUUCCUGGAGCCACUGCUGGGGCUGGCAGGGAGUCCCAUCUAUGCCGUGCGAGCGAUGGCUGCCAAGGCAUUGGUGCCAGCCGUCCCACUGCCCCAGCGCCAGGGAGUCCUCAUGCAGCUGUCCCAGCAGCUCCCCACCACACCCAGACAAGUCCGCUCACACAACACCGUCCACGGGCACCUGCUGCAGCUGCGGGCGCUGCUGGACUGCCCCCCGGGCACUGAUGGGCUGUCGGCUGAGGCGCUGCGCCCCGUGGCUCUGCAGCUGGAGGCGCGGGGCUGGCUGCUCACCCCUGCCCAGCGCUGCCCGCUCGUCCGCGCCGCCUUCCUCCAGGUCCUUGCCCUCCUGCCCGCAUCCUUCAGCCCCAGCUUCACCCAGAGCAUCCACGAUGCCAUCAGUGCUGAGCUGGGCAGCCUCGUGCCGGGGGCAAAGCCAGGAUGCGCCGAGCCGCAGGUGGGCUUGGCCGUUCUUCACCAAACCAUGGCCCAUUUCGUGUGCAGCCAGGCAGCCUGGCUGGCGGGUGCUGAGCAGAUCAGCACCAUCUGUGCUCUCCUCCGGCAGCCAAACCCUGAUGUCCAGCUUGCCGUCCUGAGCUGGGUGAUCGCCAGGGAGGGAGGAACAUGUGAGGAGCUAGAGAAGGCUCUCAGGCUGACAUUGCUGGAGAGCUUGGGGUCGGUGCUGCGAGAGAGAAGGGACAAAGAAUUCCUGAGAUUGUACCUUGAAGCUUUGCUGCAUCUUUACAGAGACCCUUCGUCAUGGUCCCAGGAAGCUUCCCGCAAGCUCCAGGGCUCCUUGGCAGCAUGUCUGGAGAUGCUGCUGCACAUGGUGGAGGCUGAAUGUCCUGGCCCUGACCUCCUCUUCCAGGCGCUGUGUGCCACCAGCCUGCUGCUUGCCCACUGGCUUGAGGAUGAGGACAGCACCCUGGUCGAGCGAUGGUGCAGGGCGCUGGAGGAGUGCAGCCGCUCUGCUUCGUCCGAACUGCUGCGACUGGCGGCCGCCCGCUCCCUGCAGACAGCGGGUGCCGACGUGGUGCAGCGAUCCUUGCACAAUACCCAUCCCUCGCUCGUCCCCGUGGCUCUGCGGCUGAUAAAUGUGGGCAUUCACCUUCUGCAAGACGAGGAUCGGGAGGUCCGGCAUGAAGCCUCGGGUUUCGCCAGCCUCCUGCGGCAUGACCCCAGCGAGCCGCUCCGAGACGGCUGCGUCUUCGUUCAGGACAAUGUUGGACUCCUGGGCCUCCUGCAGCUCCUCUUGGGAGAGUUUGGGGACCACUCCAAAACUUUUGACUUGCUGCUGCAGCAUCUCCCCAUCCUAGAUCUCAGGGGCAUCGUGGAAGAGCUGGAGGCCAACAAAGCCACCAGCUUGUACAAGGAGGAUGAACCCAACGUUUUUGCGGAGCCGGCCAUCCUAGCACAGCAGCUGCUCCCUGUCCUGCUGCAGCUCCUGGAGAAGGCACCCGGCAGCAGUCCGCUCCGUGCCUCAGCUCUGCGCUGGCUGGCGGCCACGGGCCCCGGCGUCCUGCGUGACCUGCGGUACUGCAAGCAUUGCUGGAGCCAAGGGGCUGCUGCCCGUGGGGGGAUGAAGGCGCUGGGCUGUGCCAAGCUGCACGUGGCAGUGAACGUGCUGCUGGUGAGGACCCGGGUGGUGGCACAGGCACUGCGGUUGCUGGGGGACAGUGCUGCCGCUGUGCCAGGGCUGGGCUGUGGUGCCCAGGAGCUGGAGCAGGAGCUGGUGAUGGUGCAGGGGCUGCUGGCACAGCAUGGGCUGGCCCUGGCGCCAAGCCAGAGCGAUGUGCCGGAGGAGCUGGGACCACCGAGACUACCGUCCGGGGCUGCCUGAUGGCCCCAGGCAUGGAGUGGCAUCAUGCUGAGCCUGGCAGCCACGAGGCUCCUGGUUCACAUUGCCAUGUCCCUGCAUUUGCUGGAUGCUCUGGCUGCCAGUCAGGACUGUGUGUUGGGUGCUGUGACUCAGGGGAACCCCGCUUACCGUGUGGGACACACUCACUUCGUUCCCGAUGUUUUGUAACUCUCCAUCCCGGGGACGCCAGCGCAGCGUCACCUCAGCCCAUGCCUGUGCUGCUGCCCACAGCAUCCCACCCUCGGAUCCGAUUGGGAGAAGGGGACGUGCACCCCAGAGCCCUCCCACCACCUUUUUUUAAUGAACAUUUUGGCUCCUCUCUAAUGGCUGACCUGGGCUUUUAUCCCAAAUAAAGAGGUCAAGAACA